AUGAUCAGCAUACCGGACGUUACAGGAAUUGUGGUUGUCGCACUUGGCCUUGCUGCCGUGUAUUACAGCAAGGGUGCUUCCCCACGCAACUUUUGGAAGUUUCUGCGACAGAAAGCCGCUCUGGUAGCUGGCAGAGGACUACCAGACUUUGCUCAGUUGACAGGCUUCCCCCAUCCAAAGCCGAUACAUGGUUUUAACAUAGCCCGCGCUCGUCCUCGCCCAUACCGGCCUUUCCGAUGGGAAUACCACCAGAACAUGUCCCUCAAGAAGUUGGAGCCAGACUAUUGGCUGGAGCUAGAGAGUACUUAUCGUGAUCGUAUCGCGCAACGGCGACAACUCUAUGCCCUCCAUGGCAAACGUAUCAUAGAUGAGCUUCCCGGGAGCGAGGCAGCUUCAAAGGAGCUGGUGGAAAUGGUUAUUCAGUAUCUCUGCCUAAGGUACCCCCAACAGUUUGACUAUGAUGAAUGGACUUCGACGUUCCGUAACCACAUCCUCGACUCCACAGUCAACAUUAAAACUGUGCAUCCACUGGUUUUCUUACUUGAGAAUGUCCCAGAGGACUUCGUCAUCACCCAGGAAGACCCUGAGACCGGGCUCUAUACCCUACGAGCUGCCGUCUCGACAUCAGCAAUUGGCUGGAAUAUCAGUCAGAAGAUGGGCAAACCAUUGCAUGAAAUCCAUAGCCCAGUUCCUGAUUACAAAGAGAAAAUGGCGUUCUCGAUGGAUAGGCAAGUUACAUUCUUUUCCAAGAUGCCUUGUGACAAGCCCAUUCAGCGAGGGUCUUGGGAAUUUGAAGUCGGGGAACCUCUCUAUCUUCAGCCGGAUGAACCCGGCUGGAAUCAUCGUCAACAUCAGAACCCGGACAUCCCUCUAUCCGAAAUAUACCUGCGACUUGACUGGCAAACCUUACGUCGCCUGCCAAAAUCCCGCGCAAUUGUGUUCAACUUCAAGGCCUUAUUUACGCCGGUGACGGAUUUCCGCAAUGAGCCAUUCAUUCCAAAGUUGGUGUUGAAGGUUUUACUCGAAGGAAAGAAGGCGAUCAUGGAGUAUAAAGGAACGUGGCACAUCGAGCACAAGUUAAUACCUGCAUUACAAGACUGGGUGAAAGAGCAAGAAGAUAAAGGUUGGGUCCCAAAAGAUUGGAAAGAGAGGACGCUGAACGAAGACCCAUUUUAUCCCGGGUGGGAGGAGCAUUACCUAAUGCAUACUUGA